AUGGCCUACACCUGCUGCUCUCGAAACUUCUCCUCCAGCUCCUUUAGGCGCUGCCUGCCCUCUUCAAGUUCCUCUUGCAGCUCUUCCUAUCCCAGCAACCUGGUCUACACCACUACCAGUUGCUCUCCCAGCACCUGCCAGGUGACAUCUUCUCUGAACACCAGAUGUCAGGAGACCUGCAUUGAGCCCACCAGCUGCCAGAGGUCCUGCAUGAUGUCCAGGCCAUGCCAGGUGGAAUCCUCUGUGAACACUGGCUGUCAGGAGACCUGCAUUGAGCCCACCAGCUGCCAGAGGUCCUGCGUGGUGUCCAGACCCUGCCAGACAGCCUGCUACUACCCGAGGAGCUCCAUAUCUUGCAGUCCCUGCCAGGGAACAUAUGCUGGAUCUCUGGGCUUUGGAUCCAGCAGCUGCCGUUCCCUGGGCUAUGGAUCUAGAAGCUGCUACUCAAGGGGCUGUGGAUCCAGUGGCUUCAGAUCCCUGAAUGGUGGAAUCUAUGGCUUCCCUUCCCUGAGUUAUGGGUCCAGAUUCUGCUCCCCACUGUACUUGCCUUCUACUGUAUUUCAACCUUACUGCUAUACCUCAGCCUGUGGAUCUUGCCCUUUUGGAUACAGCUGUUAA